AUGAGCACCGGAAAGAGAAAGCCAUCGAUACUGAAUCGCAAAAGGAAGGCGGGAAUGAUCGCUUGGGAUAUCUUUCCCAUCGCAGUGACAUGGCUCCAUGUCUGGCUGUCGCCUUAUACCAAGGUGGAGGAGAGCUUUACGCUGCAUGCGGUACAUGACAUGUUGGCGCAUGGGUUAUGGCCUAGCUCUAUCGCAAGGUGGGACCAUGUUACCUUCCCCGGAGCCGUUCCCCGAUCCUUCCUCCCUUCCAUCAUUCUUGCUAGUCUAUCGUAUCCAGUGGUACAGGCAGGAUCUCUCCUAGGUCUGUUCCACACCAAGCUGGACAUUCAGAUCAUCAUCCGCAUCGUACUAGCUUCAGGCUUUGCUGUGUCUUUCGCUCAGCUCACCAAAGCCCUCCGGUACCGCUAUGGUCCAGGCGUACGGAUAUGGUUCAUCCUCCUGAGCUUGACCCAAUUCCAUGUGCCGUACUAUGCGGGGCGGACUCUGCCCAACUUUAUGGCUCUUCCCGGAGUCUACCUCGCAGUAGGAUGGAUCAUCCGAUCAGGAGCAUCAUCCAUCCCGGCUCCUAUACGACGCAAGCGGGUCCGCAUGACAAUCGCGCUUCUGACUUUCCUUGCUACGAAUACGAGGCUGGAGCUCGCUCUGUUCUUGCUUCCAAUGACGCUCGGGCUGGUCAUCAACGGUAUGACGACCAUCCCAGACGCUAUCUUGGCGGGUGCGGCGGGCGGGUUCAGCGCUCUCGCCGUCUCAGGACCUAUCGACUACUUCCUCUGGUCACAAGCCCUCCCCCAUCCCUCCUUACCGACCUUCAACUCCGCCUGGCAAAUCAUCUGGCCUGAGCUCUCCUCAAUGCACUACAAUCUUGUCCAGGGCCAAUCGGCCAAUUGGGGCAUCAUGAGCAAACAUUACUACUUCAGCAACUCGCUCCCCAAGCUCCUCAUGGGUGCUCUACCGCUCGCUGCCCUUGGUGCCGUCUUGGUUCCCGCCAGCCGCCUGGGUAUCGCCCGAAAGUCGAUCGGACUGGGACAGGUCAAGGCUAUCCAGGAGGUGACGGGACGGCUGGGGAUGGGUCUGGGCGUGGUGGGGCUGUUGGGCGGUCUGAGUGCGGUGGGGCACAAGGAGUGGCGGUUUGUGGUGUAUGCAGUACCGGUGGUGAAUGUCGUGGCGGCCAUGACUGCUUCUGCGCUAUGGUCAACGACCCCUCCUCGUAUCCGGCCUUUGUUCAGACUAGGUCUCAUCGGAUUACUUGCCCUCCAGGUCGUCGCGACCGGCUUUCUGACGUUCAUAUCUGCUAACAACUAUCCCGGUGGGGAUGUCUGGCGCGCUCUGGAGGAGCUGCGCGUACCGACGGCAUCUGGUGAACCUGUCACCGUCCACUUCUCUUCCUACCCACUCCAAACAGGCGCAUCCCUCUUCACCUUCCUCCACGACACCACCUUCCCUACCACCCAAUAUACCUCCGCCCUAUCGUCCGCCACGAAUCAGCCCGAAUGGAUCUAUUCCAAAUCGGAAGACCCAGCUCUGCUCACUCCGUCAGGAGCUAGAAAAGCGGGCAUAGACUACGUCGUCCUUGAGAGCGGGACAGAGAGGCCCUGGGUGGAAGGCAUUGGAGCGAGGUGGGAGACGGUCAAGGAGAUACAGGGUCUGAAGGGGGUUAAGAGGGGUGGGAAGUACGGGGUGAGGGUGGAAUGGGAUAGGAGGGUUGUUAUUCUGGGUCGGAGGGAUAUUGUCUAG